AUGGCGCCAUGGCCUCUUACGUUCCUGUUGUUCCUGCUGCUGCUACUAUGGCUACAGGGCUGUGACUCAGGUUCCUCCAGUGAGAAACUGUACAGGAAAGUGCAACGUCGUGAAGGGGAGACUCUGUCUGUGCAGUGCUCCUACAAGAACCGCCGGAACCUCGUCGAGGCCAAGUCUUGGUGCAAAGUCAAGAGGAAGAAGUGCGAGCACAGCUUCACCCGGAGCUGGGUGAGGGGUCCGAGCUACUCUAUGCGGGAUGACACCAAGGCCAAGGUAGUCCGCAUCACCAUGGAGGCUCUCAGGGUCCAGGACUCCGGGCGAUAUUGGUGUAUGCGGAACACGGCUGGUAAUCUCUACCCCUUGGUGGGUUUCCAGCUGGAAGUGUAUCCAGCCCUCACCACGGAGAGAAACGUUCCUCCCACACAUCUUACCAAUACCCUCAAGGAUGGAUUUGCUAACACUCCCAUGGAUGAAUUUGUCACAACCAGCCAAGUCCACAUGUCAGACGCUGGUGACCCUUUCACAACUAAUGUGACGGUGUUCUCAUCUGGACUCCACACCUUGGCCUCAGGGACCACGGCGCCAACCCCUGUGACACGCUACAGUUUCGCCGAUACCAGCGGUACUAUUACAGAGCCUGAGAGGAGCACAGAGUCCCAGCCGGCAACUGUGACUCCUAGCCAUACAAGACCCUUCUUGGCUGAUUCAGUAACCACCUCCACCAUGACCAGACACCAGAGUAGCAGCUUGUCUACCACGGGGACGUGCCACCAGUUAACCCCCAACAGGUCCCAGGAGACUCACAGAUCUGUGAUGGUGGUGGUGCUGACAUUUCUUCCAGCACCUAUGCUGCUGGUCGUAGCCUAUGGGUUUUGGAAGAAGAGACACAUGGGAAGAUACAACUUGGACAGCAACUAUGCUAAAUCCUGGCUACACCUUCCUGAAAGACCAGAGACACUCUGGAAGCCUGCUUGCUCUAAGAUAACUCAGUGAGCUCGGAAUCUGUUUCCAGUGGGCUCAGAAGGCUGAAAGAGGACCAAAGACGAGGCAAUGGCCCUGGGGCAGGAGGACAGUGGAGCUACCUUCCCUUUACCCAUGGUCACUAUGUCCCCAGCUCCCUCUGUUCACUUCAAACACCUCUUACGUUUGGAGACAAGAAUCAGGUCUCAGGAGACCCGCCCAGAGCAGCCAGUGUUUCUAGAGUCCUGUUGUGGAUGAGAAGAAACAAAGACUAGGACCUCGGCCACAGAAGAAUUGGUACAGGAGGUCCCAGAGCUGACCAAGGCCACAUGUCUCCUGAUGUUCCCUGACUGUGACUGCUGGUCCCUUCUGACCUGGGAGCCUACAGGUCACACUUGUUCCUACUUGUUUCCUGCCUGCCAUCCCUUUCAGGACCAUGACAGUCUUCAGCUACAAGGGCCAUCCUCUCUCUCCCAAGAUCAAGGCAAAGCCUGGGUUUCCCCACUCGAGUUCCUGCUCCAUGCGUCAACGAUGAGCUCAUGGGGGAGACUGAGGGUGGAGACUCAACCAUGGGUGUUUAGCCUCAUCUAGAGGGCACCAUUCUCAAGACACUGGGGUUGGCCAUGGACUAAAGCAAGGCCACUUCUGAGAGAAGGGCUCAUGGAGCUGCCCCUGCUUAAAACAGCAGGAGAGAUAGAAGUGGAGCAGGAGAAUGACAAG